AUGGAGGAGUACCAAGGUCUGGCAGUUUCCGUUAAUACGACUGAAACAAUGGUGAACUGUUCGAAGCUCUCUGUGGACGAAGAAGAAAAGAAAACCAGAAAGAAUUUCGGUGCAUUCAAACCAAGCUAUGCAAGAAAUGUGGUGUUUCUAGUGGAAAAGCCAAUUUUCUUUGCUGACAAAGAAACGCAGCAUUUACGUGUUUACUGGCAGUUCCUGAAAUACGCCCUUUUCUUUUAUCACUCGAGGUGCAACUGGAAAUGCAAUUUCAGUUUGCCGUUCAGCAAUAGGAAGAUUCCAUACAAAUUCGUAAAAACUUUACUGAAAAAAAGAAAAAGCCUGGCUCUGAUUAAUAAUCGCUAUGAAGCUCAAUAA